AGGAAGUUUCCGAGACAACUUACAUUCGCAAACACGCAAACAAGGCUAUGACGUCUGCCAAGUUCCCCAGACUGCCCACGUGACCCGUUGAUAAUUCCAUCAGACGAAGACUAGAGUUGACACUGGCAGCAUGUAUCGAGUAUGCUUGACCCUGCUCGCGUUUGCAACAGGAUGUGCAAUCGCCGGGUUCCCAAGUGUGUUACCCACGAAGGGAGAAGUGUGGCCACGCCCCCAGAUGAGUAUGACCUCGAACACUUACAUGGUCAUCCGACCUCAGACUUUCAGUAUAAAGCAGCCCUGGAAGAAAGAUGGCCAGUUUCGCGGAUAUUUGGACAACGUUAAAGUCAAUCUUAUUGCACAAUGUGAAGAACUCCCCCACAGGAACAUGGAUGAACACUACGAGAUAAAGAUCGAUAGUCCCGACGCCCCUUACGAAGGCACGAUCGUCUCGCAGAGUGUGUGGGGGAUCCUGCGAGGCCUAGAGUCCUUCUCACAGCUUCUCCUUCCGAGUGGAUCCGCCUACGUCCUCAACUCGACACAGAUCAUGGACUUCCCGAGGUUUUCCUUCAGAGGUCUGAUGUUGGACACGGCGCGCCACUUCCUGCCAGUAAGUAAGCUCAAGGAAAACCUUGACCUGAUGGCGAUGAACAAGUUCAACGUGUUCCACUGGCACCUCGUGGACGACCAGAGCUUCCCGUACGAGAGUGCCGCCUUCCCUAAUCUCAGCAAGCUCGGGUCGUACAGCAGCAGCCACGUGUACAGUGCAGCGGACGUGGCGGACGUAGUGGAGUACGCCAGGUUAAGGGGCAUCCGUGUCCUGCCCGAGUUCGACACUCCAGGUCACACGAAAUCAUGGGGACCUGGACAACCGGGGCUGCUCACGAAAUGCUACACGAACUCUACACCCGACGGCACCUUCGGCCCGAUUGACCCCACGAACGACGCCAACUACAAGUUCUUGCAGAGCUUCUUCACCGAGGUCACGCACCGCUUCCCGGACCACUACGUUCACCUGGGCGGCGACGAGGUCAGCUUCUCCUGCUGGGAGAGCAACCCCGUCAUCAGUCAGUUCAUGGCCGAACACAACAUCACAGGAAACUACAGCAAGCUAGAGGAAAUUUACAUAACUAAACUUUUAGAUAUCGUCGCUAAUCUUCCUACAAAGAACGGAUAUCUGGUAUGGCAGGAAGUAUUUGACAACGGGGUAGAGGUGGCCAAGGACACCGUUGUACAUGUGUGGAAGGAUGCUCCAACAUUGUGGAAGCAGGAAAUUGAUAAGGUGACCAGCGCUGGCUAUCAGACGGUGCUCUCGUCGUGCUGGUACCUGAACUACAUCAGCUAUGGCAUCGACUGGCACAAGUACUACGAGUGCGACCCCCAGGAAUUCAACGGCACGGCGGCGCAGCAGCAGCUGGUCCUGGGCGGUGAGGCGUGCAUGUGGGGUGAGUACGUGGACCGCACCAACGUGAUCUCCCGCACGUGGCCGCGGGCCGCCGUCGUAGCGGAAAAACUGUGGAGUGCCGCCGAGCACACCACGGACG